GAUAUUUAUUGUGAGCAUUUUAGUUUACUUUCUACCUUUUGUUUAUAAAUGCUAGUGUCAACAAUUUUGUCAUAAUGUUGAUACAUUUCUAAUUAUGUCUAUUCAUCUAGUUUUUAUUAGAUUGGAAAUUGACGAUGCUUAUCCAUUAAUACCAUCUAUACAUUAUACAGCACCCAAAGUAAUGGCUCAAGCAGAUAAUAAUACUGGAUUAGAGGGACGUAAAAGUUUAAACCCUCGCAAAAAUAAUAGUAAAAUUAAACAGAAACAUCGUGGUUUCCGAGAGAUGACUGAUAUUGAGAUUGAAACGAUUGACAUAAAUGCUGAUUGUAAGUUGACUGAAGGUACCAGUGCUGGUUUAGUUCACGGUCCAAUGAAUAGACUUGCAUCAACUAGCAGUAAAGAGUCAUCACCAGAAGAUUCUGGAGCUUGUGGUGGUAUAGAAGAAUCUAGUGGAAGUUUGAGAUCGGCCUCUGGAGCGUGUGCUCCUGUAGAGACUAGAGUAAAAGAUAGAUUCAAAAAUCCCAUGAAACAGAUUCACUUUUACAGUGGUAAUCAUUAUGUCGAGACAACAAAAGGUAUCCUACAUAUUUACAAAGAAAAUGCACGAACAAACCUUGGUGAGGAAGCUGAAAGAAGUGAAAUGGUCUGCAUAUUAUCAGUUCCUACUUCAAUGACUAUCCAUGAUCUUCUUCAGUUCACUGGACCUGUUAAUGGCAAUAUUGAACAUAUUAGAAUAGUUCGCAAUAAUAAGCCCAAUCAAUAUAUGGCUUUGAUAAAAUUUCAAAAUCAAAAGAGUUCCGAUGAAUUUUACAAUAACUUCAAUGGAGUGCAGUUCAAUUCAAUUGAACCCGAGAUGUGUCAUCUUGUAUAUGUUGCUAAAGUUGAGACCAUCAAAGAAGCUGAUGAUGGCUAUUUGCCAGUUGUUGGUCAUACCGAACUACCAACUUGUCCUGUUUGUCUUGAACGAAUGGAUGAAUCCGUGGAAGGAGUUUUGACUAUUCUGUGUAAUCACUCAUUUCAUUCUGGUUGUCUUGAUAAAUGGGGUGAUACAAGCUGUCCAGUUUGUCGUUACUGUCAAACUCCCGAAAGUGUCCCUGAAAACAGAUGUUUUGAAUGUGCGUCCCAAGAAUCUUUAUGGAUUUGUUUAAUUUGUGGACACAUUGGCUGUGGUCGUUACGUUGAAGGCCAUGCUAAAUCCCAUUAUCGGGAAACUCAACAUACUUAUGCUCUUGAGCUCGGUAUGGAUAAUCGUGUUUGGGAUUACGCUGGAGAUAAUUAUGUUCAUCGAUUGCUUCAAAAUAAAUCCGAUGGUAAACCAGUUGCAGUUGAAUAUGACAAUCAUACUGAAGAUAAAAUUGACUCAGUGCAAUUAGAAUACACAUAUUUAUUGACCAAUCAAUUAGAAACUCAGCGACAUUAUUUUGAAGAGACCAUUUGUCGAAUUGAAAGUGAGGCCGAGGAAAGAAUUAAGGAUGUUAUCGAAAAAAAUAAAGUGAUAUUAGAAGAAAAAGAUCAUCUUGAAAUUGAAAAUCAACGUUUGUUAAGGGAUAAACAAACUCUAGAAAAGAAAGUUGGACAGUUGACUUCUCGACUAUCUAAAGUAUUACAUGACGUUCAGGAGGAGAAAGAGAUGAAUAAAUGUCUUGCCCAAAAUCAAGACUUAUGGUCUCAAAAGUUGAAGCAAACUGAACAAGAUUUAAAAACUGCUAUUGAAAAGAAAGAUACAGAAAUCCAGGAACUGAAGGAACAAGUCAGAGAUCUUAUGUUCUUCUUUGAGGCGUCUAACAAAUUGAAAGAUGUCAAAGAAGCGACCCAAGAAGAAAUCGAAGAAGGACAAAUUGUUAUGGGCUCAUCAUCCACGGCUUCAGCUUCUUCCUCCAAGCAAAAACAUCGUUCUCGAAGACGAUAAUUAGGAGUUUACAUGAUCAUUUAAAAUGAGGAAGCCAAGCAAUUUACAUAUAAGGUAUUCAAACCAAAGACGAAUUUGAUAAAAAAGCAUUUUGCAUUA